AUGGGAUGCCGUGUGUUUCGCAACUUGAUCACGGAGGGAAAUGGGCCGUGUUUGCACGAGUUGAUAGCUUUGUUCAGGUUUGGUUUGAGUUCUCGAUUUGACACCGAUUUUCCGGCAGUUUUGACGGGCCGCCUGGCUCCCGAAGAGCUGGCCGAUACGAUGCGUAGGAUCAAUGGUAAAUUGGCGAAGAGCAUGCCGGGCAACGUCCGUUGGCUUAUUUGUGGGCUGCUUUUUUGCUGUUGCACCGCUGGUUGCUCGCUGUGGCCGGUUAUCUGUCUGAAUAAACGAACAGUGCAUUCAUUAGAGAAAUUAUUGGACCACGAGAAUCAAACGCUAUACAAUAAGCUCGGGCUACACUGGCGGCUGGCGAGGCGACCUGUCGAUGUUAACUAUAGCAUGACCGAAUAUGUGCUACUAUUAGAAAUUCUUCCAAAGGCUCCGCUUCUAUUGCCGGAUUAG